UACGCCGGCAAACCUCACACACCCGUCUUGUACGCCGCACAGGACACACGUACACAUAUCGCAGUUGUCGUUUACUCGUUUUACCCGAACACCUAUCAGAUCCAAUCAUGUACUUCAACGAGAAAUUGGUCUUGUUGCUGGUGUGCACGUCGGCCGCCAUGGUGUCCUGCCAGGUGCCCGGAUUCGGCGGAUGCCCGGACUUCGAUUCGCAACCGGACUUCGACAUGAACCGAUACUUGGGAACCUGGUACGAAGCCGAGCACUACGUCAACAUCUUCGAAAUCGGAACACGUUGCGUCAAAACCAACUACACGAAAGCCGUUGACGGUAGAUACCUCGUAUCCAACGAGAUCAUGAACAGAUUUACCGGUGUGAAGCGUGUGUUGGACGGUGAAAUCAGACUGAUCGUCAAAGGAGCCGAAUCCAAAAUGAACGUCAAAUAUACGACAUUGCCAAUCUCGUACUCCACCGAACAAAUGAUCUUGGAAACCGACUACGACUCCUUCGCCGUCGUAUGGUCCUGCUCUUCUCUGGGAGUGGCCAACACACAAAACGCUUGGAUCCUGACCCGUGAGAAAUUGGCUCCGGGCACCGUUUUGCAAAAAGCCUACGGAGUGUUGGACAAGUACAAGUUGAGCAAGACUUACUUCGUCAAGACCGACCAGAACAGCUGCGCUAUCGCCGAAGCUGCACCCAGUGAAACCAACGAGAACACAUGGAGGAGACGGAGGAGUUUGAACUGAACGCCGCGACAGCAGUACAAAUUUCAUAUUUAUCAGAACUAAGAACAAUUAUUUAUUUAUUUAUUUAUUCAAUAAUAUGAGAUCUAAUCAAAAAAAUAAAAAUAAUAUUUAUAUAGAUUUUAAGCAAUAAAUUUGAGUUUUCGAAUUGAU